AUGGCUUCCACAUCUAGUAUUAAGGACGCAGCUGAAGUCGCAGCCAGUGUAGUCAUCAAGAGCUAUAAGUCGAACGAUGUCGCGUAUGAAUUUACUGCUACAACAUUUAAAAAGACCUCACGUCUCCCUUUCAGCGACCCAUAUCCUGAUGGCACUCCUUUUAUAUGGUUCAGAUCAUGGAACCAUGAGCGUAUCACCAAUGAAGCUAAAGCUCUGGAGCUAGUUUCUCAGCAAACAACAAUCCCUGUGCCGAAACUACUUGCUCACGGGGAGUAUCCAGACGGCCGGCGAUAUUUGGUCACAGAGUUUAUUGAAGGCGUGACCCUGGAUACACUUCUUACCCAAAAUUGCUCAAGGCCAGAUGAUCAGAAACACACAAACCAUGCUCUAUGCAGGGCAUGUUCAGACCAAGCCUACUCCAAUGCGCUCAAGUUUAUCGAGGGUACUGUUUUGCCGCAGCUUGCGAACUUAAGAUCUCGAGAAAGAGGUAUUGAUGGGUUUGUUAUGCCACCCUCUUGGCUUAGCCCUGAUGGUGAGCCUCCAUGGAAGGGCAAAAAAUCUUGGAAAACUCUCCCUUUGAAGGAACCAGAUUACAUUUUUCAACACGGCGAUAUCGCAGCUCACAACAUUAUCAUGGAUCCACAAACUCUUCAAGUCAAGUCCUUGAUUGAUUGGGAGUAUGCUGGCUACUUCCCUCCAGGGAUGGAAAGAUGGCCUGGAUCACUGGACAUGGUUGCUUACAGAAAGCGGGCUAGAAACCAAGCCCAGUUAAUAGCAGAAUUUCUCCCGGAGGAAUACCUAGAAUGCUAUAAGAACUGGAGCAAUAAGGAAGAAUUACAAACGUUGAUUGAGUCUGGGGAGCUUCCACAUCCUAGUUAG